UUCCCGUCGCAGGACUGAGCAACACGCAAGCCGCGGUGCAGAACUUUUUACUUCGGGCUUUGGGGAGGAAUCUGUGAGUUGCUGCUGUAGCUUUCCCAGGAUCAAGGAUUUCUUGGGCUUUUUUUCGGUUGUUUUGGUGAUACUUUGUGAAUCGCGUGGAGCAUCGUGUGUGGGAGAAAUAGGAAAAUUGUUGCAUUUCGGAGUGAUUUUUUGUGAUUGUCCAUGAAGUGAAAAGCGUGUGUGUGCUGAUUUUGUGCGUUCCAGCAAAAGGAAUUCCUGUUUCUCUGUUAAAAGGAUUAGCUGUGCUACUAAACAGCCCGAAGGGAACGGGCAAAAUCUGCGACAAGAAGGAAUUUAAUUGAAUUUUCUUCCCCACAGCAUCCCUGCAGCGUGUAUCGUCUACAUAGAUUUUUUUUUGCUCUCUUCCUUCAUCGUCCUGUGGUGGUUUACCUUGUGCGGUGUAUACGUGUUGGAGGUUUGCUGUUGCUCAACCAGAUUGAGGGGAAGGUGUCUUCAGGAAAAGUUUUUUUGCUCUCUGUACUUCCAACCUGCCUCAGGUCGUACCGUGGUAAGAAUUCCGGCGGAUAGUGUUCCCGUGCAUCUCAACUGUUCCAAGUGUAAAUGCUUCAACAAAGCAGCGACUAAAAGUGUUUGUGUCGAUAUUGCUUCUUCUUCGAUAUCAAAACCGUCUAACGUCGUCCUUCGAGUGGCACCCUUAAACAGAGCGUGGGUGGUUUCCGGUAAAGUGCCAGAGAAACAAACAGAAAAAGCACAGAAGCGAAAUCUUUCAACGGUACGCUCGCUCCAGUUAUUCUCGGGGUGGGUAGCACGCCUUCCAAAAUAACUUACCCAUCGGAAUCACACUCUGAUGCACUGAUUGGAAGCUGCUGAAGUUUUCCCGAACGGUAACGCGUGCUCAUCCAUUGCUUAGCCCGAUCACGAAGUUUGUUUCAGUGUUGGAAUAAUUUUCAAUUUUCAAACAGUUCAUUUUGAUCUCAAAUCCAAAAGAAAAAAAUAUAUCUUCAGAAAGUGCUCCCACCAAACAAAAUGACUCGAGUAGGAAUUUUGCCACCGAAAAUGCUGCUGAGGAUGUCGAUGCUGCUCUUCCUGGUGCUGCAUAAUGCAAGUGGCCAAUUUUCCGACGGCAGCCACCGGUUUAGACCAUGCGAACUGGAAUCUUUGCUGCGGGAUCUCACAUAUCCGGAAGAAGGUUACGAGCUGCACGCGGCCGCGCUUCGGAAUCAACUUCGCAACAUCUUGGAACGGGACCCGGCCGACGUUGUGGACUAUCAAUCCUUGAACGAAUACGGAGGAACCGGAAGCGGUGGUGGAGGCUAUGAAAAUUCCGGUCCGUACGAGGAUAAACGGUCGUAUCGUUCGCUCCUUCGAGAUGGUGCCGUAUUUGGCAAGCGUAAUCUUGGCUCCUUGGCUCGUGCCGGCCUGUUGCGAACUCCCACCAACGAUUAUCUGAAGCGAAGCAUUGCAACGCUUGCCAAAAAUGGCCAGCUGCCGUCCUCGAAGGAACCGGAUUCGACCGAGGACACCAGCACCGGGGGAGGUUGGACCGAUGACAAGCGGAACGUGGGGUCUGCCUAUAAGUCGGGCUAUAUGCUAAAUGGAAAACGCAACAUUGCAUCGUUAGCCCGGAAAUACGAGCUUCCCGGCAAGCGGAAUAUCCAAUCUCUGCUCCGCACCGGAAUGCUUCCGUCGAUUGCCCCGAAGCGCAACGUCCAAUCAUUGGUACGCGAUAAUGCGCUGCCCCACUACGGCCCGGAUGGGAUCAAGCGCAACAUCCAAACGCUGGUCCGCGACUGGAAUCUGCCAAAGCAACAGCAGAUGCAAGGCGGUUCCGGAGCACCGGAUAAUGAAAAGCGCAACAUCCAGUCGUUGAAAAGUGGACAAGGUCACAAUGGUGGGCGUAAGAAGCGGGAGCUGUACUACGAUGAGGACCCAUCCCUAGGCGAGGAAGGAGCUCAAGAGAUUUUGGAACCCGUCUAUCAGCAGACGCCCCUGGACUACGAGGAGCUGAUGGAGGCAAUGAGCGAAGCCUAUCCGUACUAUUCGGUUCCGGUCGAAAACCAUCUGGAGGAAAAGCGGUUUCUCGGUUCACUAGCACGAUCCGGUGCCCUGAAUCGGUACCACCGGUUCACAAAACGAUUCACAAGCGGAUUGUAUGACGUUUUUGACGAUGACGAUGAUGAUGAUGAUGAUGAUGGCCAAAAAGAUGAAGUACACGAUGAACAAGAAGAUGAUGAUGGAGGGCGAUCAGUCAAUAACGAAGGUGAAGAACUUUUCGGAGUGCCACGUAAGCGCCACAUUGCCUCCCUGGCCCGAUCCGGCUGGUUGCCAUCAUUCCGACCAUCCCGCGGUUCUUCCGGCGGCCGAUUUAGUCGAUCCGGAAGGGCGAGGUCGAGUUUUACCGCCAACCCGAGCGACUACGACAACCAACCGCCGCCGUUUGUAGACGAUGCGACGUCGAGUCUAGCGGCAGCGGCAGCCGACUACGAGGCCACUUUGCCCCAUCAUCCCCUGCAUUUGUCCACGGUAGUUGGGCCGGGUGGGGAGUACCUUCUGACGGCUCCAUCUCCGCUGGGAUCGGUGGUCGGUCCACGUGGGGCUCAACACCGCCCCGAGUCACUGCGCUACACUGGCGACGCUUUCGGGAACCUCGCUCAGCCCCCGCAACGCUCAGCCUCGUACAUCCACGGCAUCGGCAACGGCGCUGGCUAUCUGCCAAUGGGAAUGGGAAUGGCGGAAAUGGCGUCGGAUCCGGAUCUGUACCCUCCCCGGUACAGUGAAGCCCCGCCCAAUCCGCUCUUCUACAGCGAGGACGACUUCCGGUGUGCCGCCCGGUUGCGCAAACUACUCUACUAUCUUAAGAAACAAUACUACCUGGACAAUAAGUACAUACAGCAGGUCUAUGGAGGAGGUCGCGGAGCCGCUAGAUACAACUAAGAAUGAGAGUCUUAAACCACGAAAACAAAAUCAACCCCUUGAGUGUAAGUAAAAAUAUGUUUGAAAUAAGAAUAGAGAAAAAAAACUAACUGAGACACAAGCUGACAGAAGACAAUAAUUUUAACAAAACCACAAAGCGAGCAGCUACUAGAGACAUUUGAGUAGAACUUGUUUUAUUCUAUUUUUCCUACCAAAAACAAACCAAUAAAUACAAACAUACAUAUAUAUUAAACUUUAAAGCUGCUGGAAGUGUUUUGGGUAAGGAAAUGUUCGAGCUGUAAACAACAUAAUGAAUUCCAACAAAAGUGUAUGGUAUCAAAAAAGUCAACCAACCAAAUCAGUAUCAGAUUAAACUUUAAGACAAAAACAAAAAAGGAGCCCCCAUUCGUAAAUGUUUGUAAGCAUUUAUAAUAUUGUACUGUAAAGUGUAGCAUUAAGAGAUAACGAUUAAUGGAAUUUUAAGAUGUAUUUAUCACCGGACGGGCAACCAAUCAAGAGAAUCAGACGGGAAAGAGGCUGACCCUCCUGAGUCUGGUCUGGUCAGGCAGCAGCCGGUUGCAAACAAUAUCAAAAAAAACUUAGUGAAAAUGACAACAAACAAUAACGAGGGCAGCAACUGUAGCAUAGAGUUUCUUUGGACUUUUUCCAUUCUUGUUUCAAAUGGUUCAAAGUGCAGUGGUGUGGUUGAUCGAUGAAAUGAUUUUUUUUUUCGCUACUACGUACUGAAAUGUUAGUUUCUUAAUACGAAGUUUAAGUUUCAAAAGGCCUGUUUUUAUUACCGAAAAAAACAAUUUGACUAAAUUAUGCGCAAUAGGUUUUCACAUAAACAUUAUUCUCUCACCAUUAGAUAACAGUUCCAAAACCUACCAACAUUUUGCUCCGCAACUAUUGUUAUGUGUAACAAUUUAUUUUAUUCCACGAUCUACUUGACAUAAAUUUUGAGUUGUUGGCAUGGUUGUCCACAUGUUGUUAUUUGUGGACAUGCGCUUCUUGUAGGUUCAUUGAAUAAUUUUAAACACUCGACGUUAAACCACAACAUUAUUAAACACAAACUUUUGUACUUCGAAUUUAUUAAGAUUUAGUAUUAUGCGAGAAUUAAGAUCAAAGUUCUCUUUUUCGUUGGGAAAGGUGUCCGUGAUGAAAUUAUCACGCACAAAAUUAAUUCGCAAAAUUCGAGUUUUCAUCUGAUUGCCAUCAAUUGUUCAGAAAUUGAAAAAUAACUUUAUUUCACCAUUUUAUUUGUAUUUUAUUUACAGUCCAUACGCAAAUGCCCGCACCUUGGCCUAUACCCCGGCCAUUAAAUUCUGCACAACCUAUGAAUCAACCGCUUUUUGCAUGUUAACCGUUCAGUUCCUCGACUGUCUUCACUUCCUUAGGUCGUUUAAGAAGGUGCUGCUUCAUAUUCGUCCAGUACUUCUAGAGGAGGGUUGAUCAUUUUCGGCACGAAAUUGACUUUUUUGUCCGCAUACCACUUCGGCACGUCCUUGAAGUUGUGGCAUGAGGCCAAAUCCGGCCAGAAGAUUGUUGAGACGUUGUGGGCCUUCAGGAGAGGAAGCAGCCGCUUCUGGAGACACUCUUUCAUGUACACCAGUCCGUUGAUCGUGUCCUAGGUCACGAAAGGUUGCUGGGAAUCUGUUUCCCAUAUGUUUCGUCGUUCAUGAUGCAGCAUUCAACUUCCGUCAGCAUAUUGAGCAUCCUAAUCAAACCCGUGACGGACUUGUUCUGCUUCUCGUCGCGAUUAAUGGCCUUUUGUACCUUGAUCGUUUGAAACGCAGCCUUAGUUUUGGCCUUCUGGACGAAACUUCGGCUUAGGUGUAGCUUCUUAGCCACAUUCCGAACGGAAGCGUUCGGGUUUCAGUUGAAGGCCCCAACUACACGGUUGUGGUUUUUUCCUUCACUUCUGGGCUUCCGAUCGGUGGCCAAUCGUGUCUCGAACCGCAUAAUAACUCGUGACACCGUGGAAUUCGCAAUUCCCAACGUUUUAGCGAUGGAACGAUGCGACAAAUCCUUAUUCUCGUGAUGAAUGCGAAAGAUUUUAUAACGCACGAGCUGUUCUUUUGACUCCAUUUCAGCGAGUUUUGAAAACAGGACUUUAAAACUUGCAGGAUGUAAACAAUGCACUAUGAACUAAAUCCACUCAAAUUUUUAUUAAAUUCCACCCCAACGGUUAAAAAGUUAGAGCAGUUUCAUAGUGUGGCAAUGUCAUCGUGGACACCCUUUAUAAGAUUGCACAAUAACAUGAAAUGGCUUUAAUCGGUUUUUUAUGCAUAUUGCCGAAGACCAUCAAGGUGUUUGUUUUACAACUUACACGGUCAAAAGAACUUAAAUUUUGCAGUAUAAUUUUGAUGCCACAGUCUACGUAAUAUCAAAACAUUCUCAAACUCGCUAUAAAAGAAGAACUUUACAAACUAUUUUAAAACAGAAAAAGAAAAAGUCGUUUGGUUCUGGUAUCUAUAUGCUUACGUUGUUAUGCUCAAUCGCGCACUUUUCUGAAAAUGAGUUUGACACUCGAUUCAUACAUAUUGAACACCAACAACAAUACAUUUUACUAGCACUCGCCAAAAAUUAAAAAAUUAAUAACUUUCCCUCAAGUUGUCCUUCUUGAGCUACCCAAGCAUUUUUCUUAAGUGCGACCACUUUCAAGCUCAGAACCAUUUUAUAAGUGCUCGUUUUGAUUCAUAACUUUACUUUGAAGAUACUCGUUCCAACUACUAGGCAUAUUCAAGCGUUUUUAUGUGCUUUUCCCGAGCUGACGAUCUUUAUUUCAGUGUUCAUCUCGAAUUAUAUAUUUUUUUCAGAUGCUCGUCCCGAGCUUUAAACCUACUUCGAGCAUUAAAUCUUACUUUCCCAGCUAAGAAGGAUUUUUCAAUCAAUUCAAUCAUAUUUUAUUGCACAUUUUAAACUCCCGAGUUAAAAUCACUGCGUUUUGAUUAGUUUAUUGCAAGAAGGAGCUUAAACUGCACUGACUGGGACAUUUUCAUGGAAGACUUCGAACUAAUUUUAAAAAUUUUCAAAUUCGAGUUGGGAAAAUUCAUCAUAUUUUUGAACUUCGAAGGUUUAUUUUAUAAAAAAGUUACUCAAAAACCUAACUGUUUUUGUACCAAUCUUAAAGAACAAUAAUCCUUCUAGAAUAACAUGUUUUCAAAGUGGAAAAUUUCCAGCAGAUUUUUCCAAUCCAUAAAUUGAUUUUUGGCGAUUUCAGUCACGAAAAAAUCUUAUAACGACUUCUAUUUCUUCAUCUAACGUUUCGGCAUAUAUUAUGCCUUUUUAAAGGAUUAAUUAAUGAUGUGUUUAAAAAGGUGUUACAAUAUAUGGUGUACUUACUGAAAUUUCUCGUUUUAAUUGUCCAAAAAGUUUUAUGAAUCUGCUGAACUGUCUAAUCAGGAAAUGUAAGUCCAGUUGUCUGUGGUGUAUAACAAAAUAUUCAAAAUUGAGCUUUCUACUUGCAUGCAAUCUUCCUUGGAAUCUCUUCUUCUUACUAUUGAUCUGGUUGAUUAUCAACGAAAAAAGGCAAUUUUCCCAGUAAAUUAACAGAUUUAUCGUGAUUGCGACGUCACAGUCUGCACCAAUACAUGAGCAGGGCUACCUUUGCACAACCUUCAUUAAAUAUUACUUGCAUACAUAUAGGAUAACAGAAAUAUAAGAAAAUAUAAGAUAGAUUCUACGUUUCACCGAAAAAUAUCCAACUGAUCUGUCAGCUUUGAAGCUUUUUCGAUUUCCGUGAAGUUAAAUUUAAGUGCAAGGAUUAUAAACUAGUUCACUUUUCGGUUUUUUUCGCUGAUCACAACGCCACUUAUGUGGUUUGAUCCUCAUUCAUUUUCAAGUACUCUGGCCAAAUUUGAGCUCAUUUGAGUAAAUUUCCAGCAAGCGCUAGGAGUUUUCGAAAAACAGUCAACUCUUCUUGAAAAUUUUCGUAGAUGUGUUCUAGUAAGCCAUUUUUAAUAUAAAAUGAUAGUUUUAUAGCGCACGGUGAUUGGUAUGAGAAGCAUCUGUAUGGAUGUGUUUUAGAUAAUAGACUAAUUUAAACCCAAAAAAUUUUAAAAUUCAUAAAUAACUAAUUUGUACAGAAAGUUUAUUUACAAGCUGAGCGUUAAAAACAACAGCUAAUAGAAAAAAAAUUCCGUACCGUCAACUAGGGCAACAUGGGACACUUUUCAACUUCGAUGGCUUCUAAAAAACUCACGUCCACAGUAAAUCAUACUCUUUAUGCAUCAAAAGUAUUAAGGUUAGUGGGAUAUCGAUCUGACGUAGUCAGAAAAAAUUAUUGGUUUCUACAGUAAUUUUUCUACAGUUUCUACAGUAAUUUUCAAUUUUUUUAAAACAUGCGAUUUUCACUAUAUUUAGAAAAAUGGGUAACUUGCUACAAACAUAGAUUUUAAUGGAAAAAUCUAAUAAAAACGUUUGUAAAUGUAUAGUUUUUGAUAAAUUUUUGAUGUCAUAAAUGCCAUAAUGCCAUUUCGCAUAAAAACACCAGUGCAGUAUUUUCGGGUUCUGUUGAAGUUUACUUUUACACUUUAUUUAACAUAAACAUAUUGCAUACAUUUAGGGGUAAAAAAUACUAUAAAAAAUACUUCAAGCUGAAAUCAUAAAAAUAAGUUUUUGGAUGAAUGAAAUUUCAAUGUUGAAGAAUGCAUGAUGCAAAACUAUCAUAUUCAAGCCUAUGGAAACAAGAUUUACAAGGUGUCUAUUUGAUUUGCAUUUUGUUGCAUAUUUCCCCAGGUUGAUAACUGAACUAUAAAAAAACAAUAUUUAAAAGAAUUUGGUGAUUGCUCGAAAAAUAUUUUUACAUCAACAGUCUUGGAAUAUGAUCAUCAAACCAGUAUCCCUCAUACUGGAUAAAGUUUUUUACGGCAUCGGAAAAAGUUUAAAAUUUGCACAUUUAUUGAUGGAUUUUUUAAAAUUUGAACUAAAAUGAAAAACUGUGAAUUACUAGCUAAAGAUGUGAAAAAUUAUGUCAUCAUCAUUUUGUAUUCAUUAAACGAUAACUCGAUUAUGUUAUAUCAAAUUAAAAAAUCGUAUCAGUGCUGUGAUAUACAAAUGUUGCAUCUAACCUCGCUGCGUUGCAUGAUGCCCUUUUGACGGUACUGAUUUUUUCACUGAAACUCCUAGCGCACGAUGAAAACUUACUCAAAUGAGUUCAAAUUAGGCCAGAGUACUUGAAAAUGAAUGAGAAUCAACUUGAAAAUGAAUGAGAAGUGGCGUUGUGAUCAGCGAAAAAGGCCGAAAAGUGAACUAGCCAAAUGAACAAAUACUUUUGACGGAUAGAUUGCCGAUGAAUUUUGGAGAAAAUUUUGGAACAGCAUCCAAUAUGUAACUGCAAAAAUGUUGCACGAUCAUUCGAGAAAGAUAAUUUCGAACAGUUUGUUAAGAAGCUGUCAAAACAUCUGGCAGUGUCGGCGAAAUUGAGGGAAAUUGAGUAAGGGAAAACAAUAUAAGAAGUGUAUUCCAAAAAAUUUGCAACACUCUGUUUUUGAAUAACUUUUGAAUGCAUGGGUUGAGAUGAAGAUGAACAUUUCAGCGAAGCUACCUUAUGAUACGUGUGCAAAAUUUAGUGACAAUCUGUCAAGUGAUUAUUGUGAUAUCGUCAAAAACAUGAGCCAAUUAACAAAAAUUUUUAAGCAAGUGGGGGAUCCAAAAUCGGCUAGAAAUCAACUAUUUGACUAAAUCGUUAAAAGAAUGCUUGAGGAUCUAACAGUGAGUUUAAACAUGAAUAAAAGUUUUUUUUUGUUUCGAUUAUAGUCGUUUUACCAUCUUAAUGGCAUUCACGACUUUAUCAACGUUGCAUUUGGCGGAUCAUCAUUGAAAAACUUAUCCGGUACAACUGCGUUCGAUGUUUACUCUUGGGCUCGAACUCGCGGACAUCGGCUCAGGAGACAACAGAUUUGCCAACUGAGCAAUAAAAGUUAUGAUAAGUUAAGGUUAUAUCAAAGUGACAACGGAAUCUGGAAAUUUAAAUUGGGAAAGUGAUAAAAAAAUGAUUUUUUUCGGACUGACUAAACUUUUUAAAGUAUAAAAGCUUUCCACCGGUAAUAUAAACAAAAUACGGUGGUCAAAUCGUGCGCAAAAUAUUCGAACCGCUGCUAGUGGGGAGCUAUUUUGGAAAAUUUUGUAAUGAUCAGCAAAACGAACUUUUUAGCGAGCACCUAGCAGAUUUUCAGCCAAAAUCUUGUAGAUGACAAGUCUCGUCUGUAUUUUCCGGAGAUAAACAAAGAGAAAAAAAUUGAAUGAUUUCAUGUCAGUUUUUGAGCAGGCUGACGAUCUGUGGAAGCUGCCAUCAGUCAGUGUCAGUUGACACGAUAAAUGACUAAAUAUCCAAAGAAGAAUGCCUCCAAAUGCGAGCGCUUUCCCUGCAUAGCACUUCAAUAGGUCACACAAAGUGUAUAAUCUGUUUUGGUUGGAUCUAGAGUCCCGCCAUUACGCCAAAAAUUGAGGUGGAGGAAUUCAAAGUUAAAUAUGUUGUUUUUGUGCCGAACGAGGGCAAUCGGCUAAAUUUGGCAUAAUAUUCAAAAAAUUAGAAAUUUAGGGUAAUUUUGAAGAUCAAGCUUUAGGGAAAAGAAAACCGAAUCAAAAAUAUCCUCGAUUAGAAAAAAAAGGUGGUUCAUAGUAUACAUUAUGGAUGACGCAUAUGAUGCCUAAAAAUUAAAGUAAAAAACAUCUUAAUUGGUCGCUAUCUUGAAAAGCACAUGACAGAACGUCACAAAAAAUUGCACAUGUAAACGUUAUCAAACCAGGCAGAUUCGCUGAAAAUUUUAUCUAUUUCCAUCCAUGCGUUCAUAACUAAUUCAUGCAACAAAGUGUUGCAUUUUUUUCGAAUACAUUCCUUAUUAUUAUCCUUAUUAACAGACUUGGAAUAUUGACAACUCAAUAUUCACCUGAUAAUUUUUAGGUAAUCAAAAAAAACUGAUUUCAGUUCUUGAAACUGUCUGCUGUUCUUGCCUGGCAGAUUUUAUCAAAGAGCCAGCCGAGCAAAAUUCAAAUUUUUUUAAUGUUUUCCAGCAAAAAAAGGCUGUCAUUCAUAUUUCAUAAUAUUAUCUACAAUAAGUAAGUUGAACAGUUGAUUGUCUGCUUGCUGACUGAGGUCUUUUAAUGGAGCUUUUCGAGGUUUUCAGUAGGUGGACUUUUUCAAUGGUCGCAAAUAUUAAAAUUACUUGACUGAUUGCCUCAAAAUUUUACACUCGUAAAUAUAACAACAUAAAAACAUAUAAACAUAAAAAAUGUGGUCCAUUUUUCCGAAUACAGAAAAUUAUUUGAAUUGAAUUGUGUAGAAUUGAAUUGAACUUCAGUUGAAUUCGUGAAGCUAUAUGGGUUUAAAUUCGAUCUUCACUUAUUCAAGCUUUCCUUGGUAGGAAUUUAUGAAAUCAAAGAAAUUUCCGAGUUUUAGAAAAGGUUUACAAAUUUUCCUUUUAUUAAAAAAAAAAUAUCACGGAUAACCGUAACUGUUUCCAAAACUUUUGAUCAUUUCGAGAACUUCAUAUCGAAAAAAUGUUGAAUUAGUAAUUUUGUUCUGAAGACUGGAUGCAUGCUGUCAAGCUUUUUCCUUGUUUGUCUAAGGAACUAUUUAUGGUCGCAUUAUUUUAAUUUUCGCCCAAACUCUGUAAUGCAAUUUCUUAUAUUAUUCUCUGAAUUUCAUGUAAAAAAUCAAAACUGCGGAUAAUUGGUAGUAUUUUACAUCCUCCUCGAAAAAAAAAACAAAAAGAGUUCCAUCAGAGAAGAAUUUAAAAUGAAAAGAUAAAAUGUUAUUUCAAAACUGGGGAAAAAAUAGAAAUUCGUAAAAUUUGUUAAGUUAUUCAAAUAUUUAAAAUCAUUCACUGAUUAACUCUUCAGUUCCUUGGUUUUCGUGAACAAAGUGAAUGAUCAAAAUCAGCCAGAAAUAAGUUUUUUUGCAUUGCUGAACAAACCCUCAUGACAGCAUUGAAGAACUGCAUUCAUAUCAAAUAGAUCUCUAUCGACUUUUUUUUUAGUAUAACUCGAAAAAUUAUUGAUCUGAUAUAAAAAUUGUAUUUCUUUCGAUAUUUUAGUCAAAAGAUAGUCUAGAAAAUAUUCUCAGGAUUUUUUUUAAUAUUUUUGAUAUAUUUUUAAAUUUAGUUAUGGUUUCUUGUUUUUUUUUCUUGGUAAACAUACAAGAAUUUGGUUUCAAUAUUCGUAUCUUCGACCAACCACAACGCCACUGAACCAGUAUCUAAACAACUAUCCAACUAAAUAUCUAUCUCUAUCCCCAUAUCUUUCCCUUCAUAUCAACUUUAUCCGAAACCGAAUGAAACUGAACUGUUUUAUAGUUAAGGCAAGCAACUAUACAAGCUGAUAAGGCGAGAAAACUAGAAAAAAAAAUGUAAAGCCAUUGCUCUCUCCUUUUCAAUUUUCCUACUUAUAAAGGUUCUUAUCAACAAACAAAAAUACACUAAACAUAUGAACUUUUAUCUCGAAUAAACAAGCAUUUAUACACUUUGCCCAGGUGUACAGCUCAAAGUAGAAGAAAAAAAAAUAACAUUAAAAAUAAGAUCCAUGGGAAAGGAUCCAUUCAAGAACCCGGAAGAUGAAGCCUAUCGUACCAUCACCAUUAUUCGCAAGUAAGCGGAACCCUUAGCAGAGGCGAUCCAAUUCCCAAAAUAAAACCACUGAAAAACAGCUUUCACAGACAAACGGUCUUGGAUCGUCUUUGCAACUCCUCCCAAAAGUGUAACCCCCAGUUAGAAAAAUAAUCUUAAUGGCGAGAUCCAGCACCUUCCAUGAUUGCCUUUGCUUGGUUGGGUUGGCACAAAAUAUUAAAAAAAAAAAAAUGCGAAACGGAACCGGAAACAUCAAUCUCUAUGUGAGUGAAGACAGACAGAUACCAACGAAAAAAAAAAAGAAGUCUAGAUGCCAAUCGCAGGGACAUUCAUGGAACGCACAAUGAUCCCGAAAUCAAAUAAAACCAAAACAAUUUUCCUCAAGAAAAAAACAUUAUCAUCAAAAUCGUCGCCCAUCAUCGUUGCAAAACGACAAUGUCUGAAGGCUUUUUUCCCUCGUUUUUCCUUUACCUUCAUCUUUUUCAGGACGCCUUCUUUGAAGGUAGAAUGAGACGUUUUCCCAAUCAAAAACAACAACAGCAAAAAAUGGGCGAAAGAAAAUCUGACGAAAACACCAACGAAACAACGCGAUGGAAUGCGAUAAAAUGUUGUUCCAUCGAAGCGUUAUGAAUUGCCUCGUUUGCAGAAUUCGCAUAUUUCAUUUAUUUGAUGUCCUCUUUCUUGGCUGAGAUUUGUUUGCCAAUUUUUACUGCUUUGUUUUGAUUUAUUUCGUUUUGAGUGGAUUCGUGCCUUAUUGUGGGUAAUAAAUCAACUUCAAUUGCUGUUUGGAAAGUUUUUCCAUUUUGAAAUUAACCAAAGGGAUACAUAAUUAGUUUAAAUUUUGAAUUCUGAGUUAGAAUUCUGCAUUCUGAGUCUGAUUUCUAUGUCUGCAUUUUGAGUCGGAAUCCUGAGUCGGAGUCCUGAGUCGGAAUCCUGAGUCGGAAUCCUGAGUCGGAGUCCUGAGUCGGAAUCCUGAGUCAGAAUCCUGGGUCGGAAGCCUGAGUUGGAAUCCUGAGUCGGAAUCCUUAGUCGGAAUCCUGAGUCGGAAUCCAGAGUCGGAGUCCUGAGUCGGAAUCCUGAGUCAGAAUCCUGGGUCGGAGUCCUGAGUCGGAAUUCUGAGUCAGAAUCCUGAGUCAGAAUCCUGGGUCGGAAGCCUGAGUUGGAAUCCUGAGUCGGAAUCCUGAGUCGGAAUCCUUAGUCGGAAUCCUGAGUCGGAAUCCUGAGUCGGAGUCCUGAGUCGAAGUCCUGAGUCAGAAUCCUGGGUCGGAAGCCUGAGUCGAAAUCCUGAGUCAGAAUCCUGGGUCGGAAGCCUGAGUCGGAAUCCUGAAUCAGAAUCCUGGGUCGGAACCCUGAGUUGGAAUCAUGAGUCGGAAUCCUGAGUCGGAAUCCUGAGUCGGAAUCCUUAAUCGGAAUCCUGAGUCGGAAUCCUGAGUCGGAGUCCUGAGUCGGAAUCCUGAGUCAGAAUCCUGGGUCGGAAGCCUGAGUUGGAAUCUUUAGUCGGAAUCCUGAGUCGGAAUCCUUAGUCGGAAUCCUGAGUCGGAAUCAUUAGUCGGAAUCCAGAGUUGGAAUCCUGAGUCGGAAUCAUGAGUCGGAAUCCUGAGUCGGAAUCCUGAGUCGGAAUCCUGAGUCGGAAUCCUGAGUCGGAAUCCUGAGUCGGAAUCCAGAGUCGGAAUCCUGAGUCGGAAUCCUGAGUCGGAAUCCUUAGUCGGAAUCCUGAGUCGGAAUCCUUAGUCGGAAUCCUGAGUCGGAAUCCUGAGUCGGAAUCCUGAGUCGGAAUCCAGAGUCGGAGUCCUGAGUCGGAAUCCUGAGUCGGAGUCCUGAGUAGGAAUUCUGAAUCAAAAUGCUUGGACGCAGUUCAGAGUCGGAAUUCUGAGUCAGAGCUCUGAGUUUGAGCUUUGAUUCAGAAAUCGGGGUGGAAUGCUGAGACGUAAACUUGAGUUGAUAUUCGUCUGAGUCUGAACUCAGCGAAUAAAAACUCUGAGCCGGGAUUCUGGGUCUAGAUUUUUAGACAGAAUGUUUUUAUCGGACUUCUGUGUGGAAAUGCCGAGUUGGGAUUCCAAGCCAGAAUUUUGAGUUGGAACUUUAGUCGGAGUUCUGGGUAAAAUUCUAGGUCUGAAUUCGGAAUCUCGAAUAUAACUCUCAAUCCUGAGUCCGAAUUCUGAAUAUAAAUUCGAAAUCUGGAAUUGAAGCCAGAAUUCAUAGUCAGAGUUUUGAGUUGGAAUUUGAAGUCGGAUUUCUGAGCUAGAUUUUUGAUCCAGGAUGCUCAUUCUUAAUUUUGAGUGGGUAAUCUGAGUUGAAGCUCUGAGUUGGAAUAUUCAGUUAGACAUUUGGAAUGUUAUGCUGAGUCAGAACUCUGAGUUGGAAUUUUAAGACUGAAUUCUUAGUCGGAUUUGGAUUUUGAGUUGCAAUAUUAGGUCAGAAUAUUGAGUCGGGAUUCUAGAAUGAAAUUCUGUGACGAAAUUUACAACCUUAGUUGGAAUUCUGAAUCGAAAUUCUGAAUCAAAAUUUUUGUCGGAAUUUUAUAUCUGAAGUCGAAACCGGAAUUCUGAUUCGGAAAUUUCAAGUCAAACGUUCGACUGAGAAUUUGGCGUCGGAGUUCUGAGAACAAAUUGUUGACGGAUUUCUAAGUCGGAAUGCAUAGAGAUUAAAUUUCAAGUCGGAUUCCGAAUUGGAGUUCAAAUUUUGUCGGAAUUUUCAAAAUUUUGUCGGAAUUUUAGCAGAAUUUUUCAGUCAAAGUUUUAACUUGGAUUUCUUAUUAGGAAAAUGAGUUCGAAUUCAGAGUUGAAAUUGUUAGUUGCAAUUUUGAAUCGAAAUUCUGCAAUAGAAUUCUGUGUCGGACUUCCAAAUCAAAAUUUCGAAUCGAAAUUUUGAGUUGAAAUUUCGGAUCUGAAUUGUGAGUCUGAAUUUUUUGAAAGAAAUGUAGGAAGUCUGAAUUUUCAGUUAAAGUUUUAAAUUUGUUUACUGAGUAAGAAUUAUGGAUCAGAAUUCUGAGUCGGAGUUCUAAAUGGAAUUCAUAGCCGGAGUUCUGAUUUGGAUUCUUGAGUUGGAAUUAUUUGUCGGGAUUGGAAUAUUCAGCCGAAAAUUCUUAGUUGAAAUUCGAUGUCAACAUUCUAAGUAGGAGUUCUGAAAUUGGAAUCUGAGUCUAGAUCUAAAUUUCAGAUUUUGUUUUUCAUUUUAGAAAAUUAUUCCCAUUUUGUUAAGGCAUGAAAUAGCUCCUAAAUAUCAAGAUAGAUUGGAUAAUAUUUGUUUUUUUUUUUAAAUUUCUUAUCCCUUAUUUGUUCAAGUUAUCAAAACAAUUCAUGAACUUCUAACAUAAACCCCUUCCAAAGAUAAUAAUGCGUUAAAAUGUCAAAAAAAAAGAGUAAAAAUGCUAAUGGUAAAUGGUUUCUUCCUGGGAUGAAGGCAUUUAUGAAGACAAGAAGAAAUCGAAGAAAUAUCUAAUAAGUUGUAAGGAAAAGUGUUAAUAAUGAUACGGGAAAGAAAGCUUAGAAGCAUCAAUUCUGACAAUAAACUGAAUUGCCACAUAAGAUAGAGAAAAAAAAAGUUGCAAAACUCUUCGUUAAACAGAUAAUGGUAUUUUCGUACAAUUUAUUGUGUAAGUGUUUAACAAGUAUUUAUCGAACUCAGCCAAACAACCAAUCAAGACAAUAAAAUUACACUGAACUGAAACAAUAAUCAACACGCUAGAGAAUUUCUAGCUUGGAAACCAACUGAGAGCAGCUAAACAGAACCAGAGGACAAUAAAAUAUUAAUCGUAAAAAGAGGGGAAAAUUCGUUUGAAGAAACGCAGAUGAUAGCCCAGAGCAAAGAAACUACUUUAGCAGAGAUAAAGUUUGUUUGAUUGUUUCCCCCUUCUUGAGGGCGAAAAAACUCUUUCGAAAUCCAUAUAAAACCAUCAUAAAACACACUUGCACUUGUUGAAUUGUGAAGCAAAAAACUCAUUUCUAUCGUACGAAGAUUUAACGCUUGAACGGAUGAGCGAUCAGCAGCCAGUCGGAGAAAAACACAGUUGAAGUGGAGCAAACAAUUCUCCUCAAGCUUUGAACUUCCCCUAAAAGUAGAAUGCAGCAAAUGCUAGAAGAGAUUGAACACAACUUUACUUCAAGCUUUGCAGGGAAAUCAGAUGCAAGUCUCGUUCUCCUGUUGGAAAGUUUAACAAACUUUGGAAAAUACUCAAACAUCGGAAAGGCUUACAAAAAAAAAGAGAUCAAAUAAGAAUGUCACGGUAAAUCGUUGUAUCUUAUUGAAAGUAAAAUAAACUAAACAAAUGAAACAAAAUAUGGUACAUAUAUAUACAACAACAAACAGUACGCCAUCACGUAUAUGCAUAUAUUUACUGUAUUUACUCUUUCCCUUUCCUUGACAAAAGUAAGACCAUCUCUCCUCAAAAAGCAGAAACAUUAUCAAAAAGAAGAGCAACGCAAAUAGUAAAAAAACUCUGCUAUUUCCAAUCAUUCGGGAAAGCUCAAAUUCAUUGACACAGACACAUACACACCUACCAACAUAAAUUAACAGCUUUACAGACUUACGAAAAAAUGGAAUCACGGACAAACACACAUACACACAAGUAAAAGUUGAAAUAAAGAUUGAAAUCAAAUUGCAACCCGCA